GCUGUGUACUCCUGCCUUUUCCUGAUAUGUCCGACAGCUCUUGAAGGCAGCAGCAGAUUCAUUGUGGCCCUGCAGAGCAAAGCGCCAUCACACGCAGCGGCCACGACGAGCAGCGGGCAGGGCGACACCAGGUCACCACGGCGGCUCCACCACGCUCUUCAUUACCGACACAUCCCUCCAUCAUAAAGGUUAUGGAUUACUCUGCUGCGGAUUAUUAGAAGCGUUUCAAACUGGGCCUCUGUUUCGGCGGCACGCAAAGCAAUGUGGAGGAAAUAAAAAUCCUGAAACGCUGAAAACCAGAGAUUAUAGAUAAUGGGCUGUGUGCAAUGCAAGGAUAAGGAAGCAACUAAACUCACAGACGACCGAGACACCAGCAUCUCCCAGGGAGCCGGCUACCGAUAUGGGGCCGACCCCACGCCACAGCACUACCCCAGCUUCGGGGUCACCGCCAUCCCCAACUACAACAACUUCCACGCCCCCGUUGGACAGGGGAUGGCGGUCUUCGGGGGGGUCAGCACGUCCUCUCACACUGGAACCCUGAGGACUCGUGGUGGGACGGGAGUCACCCUCUUUGUGGCACUUUAUGACUACGAGGCGCGGACAGAAGACGACCUCAGCUUCCGGAAAGGAGAAAGGUUCCAGAUUAUCAACAGCACUGAAGGGGACUGGUGGGAUGCUCGCUCGCUCACCACUGGUGGCAGUGGCUACAUUCCCAGUAAUUACGUGGCUCCAGUGGACUCCAUCCAGGCUGAGGACUGGUACUUUGGUAAAUUGGGCCGUAAGGAUGCCGAGAGGCAGCUGCUGUCCACCGGCAACCCUCGCGGAACCUAUCUCAUCCGGGAGAGUGAAACCACAAAGGGUGCCUUCUCCUUGUCCAUACGGGACUGGGACGAUGUGAAAGGUGACCAUGUCAAGCAUUAUAAGAUCCGCAAGCUGGACAGUGGCGGCUACUACAUCACCACCAGGGCUCAGUUUGACACGCUGCAGCAGCUGGUUCAGCACUACUCAGACCGAGCCGCCGGGCUCUGCUGUCGCUUGGUGGUUCCCUGCCACAAAGGGAUGCCCCGCCUCGCCGACCUGUCCGUUAAAACCAAAGACGUGUGGGAGAUCCCGCGGGAGUCGCUGCAGCUCAUCAAGCGUCUUGGGAACGGACAGUUUGGGGAGGUCUGGAUGGGAACGUGGAACGGCACCACUAAGGUGGCGGUGAAGACUCUGAAGCCUGGCACCAUGUCCCCCGAGUCCUUCCUGGAGGAGGCUCAGAUCAUGAAGAAACUCCGCCAUGACAAGCUGGUGCAGCUCUACGCCGUGGUGUCUGAGGAGCCCAUUUACAUUGUCACAGAGUACAUGGGCAAAGGAAGCCUCCUGGACUUCUUGAAGGAUGGAGAAGGACGAGCGUUGAAGUUGCCUAACCUGGUGGACAUGGCAGCACAGGUGGCCGCAGGCAUGGCCUACAUCGAGAGGAUGAACUACAUCCACAGAGACCUGCGCUCCGCCAACAUCCUGGUGGGAGACAACCUGGUGUGCAAGAUCGCUGACUUCGGCCUGGCCAGGCUCAUCGAAGACAACGAGUACACCGCUCGGCAAGGUGCAAAGUUCCCCAUCAAGUGGACCGCCCCCGAGGCUGCGCUGUACGGGAAGUUCACCAUCAAGUCGGACGUGUGGUCGUUUGGCAUCCUGCUGACGGAGCUGGUCACCAAGGGUCGGGUGCCUUACCCGGGCAUGAACAACCGCGAGGUGCUGGAGCAGGUGGAGCGAGGCUACAGGAUGCCGUGCCCCCAGGACUGCCCCAUCUCGACGCACGAGCUCAUGCUGCAGUGCUGGAAGAAGGAUGCCGAGGAGCGGCCCACCUUCGAGUACCUGCAGGCCUUCUUGGAGGACUACUUCACAGCCACGGAGCCUCAGUACCAGCCCGGGGACAACCUCUAGACCCCCUGUCUCGCCCAGGGGAGGGGGGGUUGGCCCGGGGGGCUGGGACAGGACUGGCCCAAUCAGCGCUGUUACAAAAACUCUAGAGCCUUCCCAGUCAGGCCUUUAUUUUAGGGAUCUGUACAGCCGGGCCCCCGCCGGGGUCUGCACCAAGUACAGGAAGUGGAGGAGGUGGAGGAUGGACGGAGGUAACUGGGGUUAGGGUUAAUGCAAUGUAUUCAAUGUAAAUAAGAAAGGCUUGUUUUAGUUUUAUUUGUUUGCUUUUUGAUUUGAUUUUAUUUUCUCCUGCACAAAAUAAUGAUGACCAACAUGACGAAGGCAAAAGAAGAGAAGGACGUUGUACGUGUAUUAUACUGCAGCUCCUCUAUCAUGUUCUAGAAAUUGAAUUGGAAGCCUCCAUAUAUUUUUUUCUAAUUUUCCAUAAUGUGUAAAAAAAAAAAAAGAUGAUUGCUUUUAUUCCUGACUUUUUGGGUUCGUAGUAUUGCGUAUUGCAGAGGCUUCUUCAGACGAGCAUGACGCAGCCCUCCAUUGGCCUUCUGUUCUUCUCUAGCAC